AUGGAACAUUCUUUACCUAUCGAGAAUGAGGAUGAAACACAACCACAAGCUCCGACAGAUGAUGAUGCUUCAGAAAAACCAUCAACAGAAAAUAUAAGUAGUAAUGAUGCCAAAACAGGAGCUACACCUAAAAGCCGCGUAUCUAUUCUAUCGCCAUCACGUCUUAGUACGAUGUUCGAUCCAACCAUAAUAAGCACAUGGAUAACCGGCGCCGGAAUUGAUCAACAGACUAAGACACAAAAGCGUACAACCAGAGUGUUAGACAAUACCUUAAAAGUUGGAUUGGAGUCGAUACGAUUAUCAACGGGGCCCGAUUUUUCUUUAUUUAUUGAGAAUGAAGAGUUAGAUAAGGCUUUCGAAAAUCUAUUGGAUGAGAUGAAUAUACAUGGGCACCACCGUAAUAAAAUGCUGGAGAUGUCUGAAGAUCAUAAAAGGACAUUAAUCAUUCAAAAUAAGCAAGCUCAUGCUUCUAGACAAUCACAACAGCAGGAUAAGAUGGCAAAUGGGGAGGAAGAAAAGUCGCAGCAAGAUUUUGGACAAAAGGACACAGCGGAAUAUAACGGAGACACAAACCACGAAGACUCAUUACCCUCAAGAGAUAUAUCUACCAGGGUUUCAGAAUCAUCUAUUGAUAAUGUUAUUGAAAACGAUGUGGAACAAAGAGUAGAACAACCUUUAAUAUCUGCCAUAUUAAAUUCGGAAACUGUUUUAAUGUCUCAGUUAGAGGAGAGGCCAAAUUCAUCCAACGCUGGGGGAUUUUUCAGCUCUUGGAUACCGGCGUUUGGAUUUUCAACUAGUUCCGCGAAACUGCAAGAUACUCCAGAGUUUUAUGUUGAGAAAUUGGCGCAACGGUAUUAUCAUUUAUAA